UGUAUUUUUUUAAGUGGCCACCAUGUGUAAAUAUAAUUACAUUUAAAAUUCUGCAAUUCCGAAGUAGCUUCCGCGUUUAGACGACGAGCUUUUAUUGUGAAAGUGACGCUCGGACGCGGUGCGUGUUGUAGCUGAGGAGCUUAGCGCUGCUCUGGAAGGAGGGACUCCUUGACUGCAGCGACCGCAAUUUCGGCAACAUGGGAGACGUUGUGGAAUUUAUUCUAAACGGACAUUAAGAACCAUCGGCAGAAUGGCAGAGAGGUUGGAGUGGGUGGAGAUCAUUGAGCCACGCACGCGGGAGCGUAUGUAUGCCAACCUGCUGACAGGCGAGUGCGUGUGGGACCCUCCGCAGGGUGUUUGUAUCAAGCGAACCGGUGACAACCAGUGGUGGGAGCUGUUUGAUCCCAACACCUCACGCUUCUACUACUACAAUGCCUCUACCCAGCGCACAGUGUGGCACCGGCCGCAGGGCUGUGACAUCAUCCCCUUGGCCAAGCUGCAAACUCUGAAGCAGCACACCGAUACCACAAACCCUCGUCCUGCAGGUGGAGGAGGAGGAGGGAGAGCGUCAGCUGACAACAGCCCAGGACGUAACAGUGGGGUCAGCCGGGAAGGAAGCACUUCCUCCUCCCUUGACCAGGAACUGUCUGAUAAACAGAGCAACAGAGAGGACACUGACAGAACAUCUCCAUUCAGAUGGAACACUGGUACGAAGGAGCGAAUGUUGAUCAAGGUGACAGACAGAGAGCCCAGCUUCUUGGCCCACCAGGGAAAUGGAUACUCCCCCUCUGACCCCUCCACCCCUAAUGCUCCCUCUGGAGGGGGCACCAUCUCACGAACCCGUCGUUCCUCUGGAGGAACCCUGCCAUCAGAACCUGACGGCUCCCCUGUUCUCUAUGCUGAUCGGCGUCAGUCUCCCUUUCUGAAGCGAGCUGAGCUUGGCAGCGCCGGCACCCACCGCCGCUCCUCAGCUGACUCCCAACCUCCCUCGCCCCGUUACGCCUAUGAGCCACCGCUGUAUGAAGAGCCACCAUCAGAGUACCAGUCCCCUCCCAUCUACGAGGAGCCUCCUACGGACAUGCAGCUCUCUGACUCCUCCUUUUAUGGCACUGGCAAGUCACCUGCUCGCAAGUCUUCAGCCCCCCUCUAUCACUCUCCCAAGCAGGCCCAGUCGCCCUAUGGACAGCUGGUUCUGACCAGGCAGAAGUGCCCAGAAAAGACCCAGAGUCUUGAAUACAGUCCCGUGGGGAAGGAGUAUGUCAAGCAGCUAGUGUAUGUUGAGCAGUCAUCUUCCAGCCCUCGCUUCAAGACUGCUGACCGUCUGCUGCGUUACGGCCCUACCGGGGGCUAUGGGGGCUCAUACGGGGGAUCCUAUACUCUACAGCACAACCAGUCUCUGGUCAGGGACCCCCGCCUUCUGCUUGACUACAGUGGAGAGGGUGGAGAGGGAGCUGACUCCCAACCUCCCUCGCCCCUCCCGUUGCUUUAUGAGGACUCCAUAUCCUGGACAUCCAGCCACACCCAUUCAUUCUCCUCAGGCUCUGUACAGGCUUUCUCUCCAGGAGGUAACCGCAAACGCAAGAGCCGCAAGCCAUCUCUCCCUCAUGACCUGGCACGCUGCGGGGGGCUAGAGGGGGAGCUGGCAGGCACAGCUUCCGAGGCCAUGCUGGCCCAGGCCAGGCUUGCUUGGGAGGCUCAGCAGGUGAUGAAACAGAGGAGUAGCUGGGACUCAGGGCAGGGAGGGGGGGCGUCCCAGGGCAGUGGCUCCAAAGAUGGUUAUGAGAGCGACGGGGCAGUGCCACUGCCAUUACCGGGGCCGGUGGUGAGGGCGUUCAGCGAGGAUGAGGCGCUGGCACAGAGUGACAGCCACCACUGGAAACGCAGCACCUUUGAUCGACUGGGAUUUCCUCAGGCCCUGCUGGAGAAAAGCCUCUCUGUCCAGACCAACCUGGCCUCCCCUGAGCCUUACCUCCACCCCUCACAGUCAGAGGACCUCGGAGCCUGUGUCCAGUUUGAGGCCAGUCGAAAUGCCAGAAAUAUGAUGCCUAGCGCCAGCUGUGGCAUUUUCCCAGAAUUCACCCUGAGAAAGCCCUCCUCAGAGACCGACAUUGAGAACUGGGCAUCCAAGCACUUCAACAAACACACACAGGGUCUUUUUAGAAAAAAGGUAUCCAUUGCCAACAUGCUGGCCUGGAGCAGUGAGCCCAUCAAGAAGCCCAUGAUCGUGACCUCAGACCGCACUGUGAAGAAGGAGGCAGUGGACAUCUUUAAGCUCAUCCAGACCUACAUGGGAGACCGUCGCUCCAAGACUGACCCCCUCUCAGUGGCCCUAGAGGUGGUGGUGCGUGGGUGGAGUAACCAAGGACUGCGUGAUGAGCUCUACAUCCAGCUGUGCCGUCAGACCACAGAGAACUUCCGCUACGACAGCCUGGAACGCGGCUGGGAGCUGAUGGCUAUUUGUCUGGCCUUCUUCCCCCCAACACCCCGCUUCCACACCUACCUGGAGGGCUACAUCUACCGGCACAUGGACCCUCUCAAUGACACCAAGGGAGUGGCCAUUAGCAGCUAUGCUAAAUACUGCUACAGGAAACUGACAAAAGCUGCUCUGACUGGAGCCAAGAAGGGUCUACAGAAGCCCUGUCUGGAGGAGAUCAAGCAUGCCAGAAACGCCAUCUUUAGUCCCUCCAUGUUCGGCUCCUCCCUGGAGGAGGUGAUGGCGCUCCAGAAGGAGCGGUAUCCAGACCACCAGCUGCCCUGGGUGCAGACUCGGCUCUCUGAAGAGGUUCUGGGUCUCAAUGGAGACCAGACAGAAGGCAUUUUCAGGGUACCAGGGGACAUAGAUGAAGUCAAUGCCCUCAAACUACAAGUGGAUCAGUGGAAAAUCCCGACAGGGCUGGAAGACCCGCACAUUCCAGCAUCUCUGCUGAAGCUCUGGUACAGGGAGCUGGAGGAGCCACUGAUCCCUCACGAGUUUUAUGAGGAGUGUAUCAAUCAGUACGACAACCCAGAGGCAGCUGUCAACGUGGUGCUGGGGCUGCCACACAUCAACAAACUGGUGCUCUGCUACCUCAUCCGCUUCCUGCAGGUAUUUGCCCAGCCUGCCAAUGUGGCAAUCACCAAGAUGGAUGUGAACAACCUGGCCAUGGUCAUGGCUCCCAACUGUCUGCGUUGCCAGUCUGAUGAUCCCAGGGUGAUCUUUGAGAACACCCGCAAGGAGAUGUCCUUCAUCCGGGUGCUCAUCCAGCGGCUGGACACCAGCUUCAUGGAUGGAAUCCUAUAGCCCCCCCCAACCACACACACCUUCCAUACUUUAGCCCUAGCCCUCCCUGUGCUCCCUUUAACCCUCUCCAUGACAGGCCUCUACACAGUUCCCCAGCACAGGAACAUCGUACAUACACACUGUUGCUGCUGGGUAAAUAUCAUGCAUCUCCAACAUGUUUACUUUUCUGGAACUAACAAAAUCUGCCUUGAUUUGAGUUUGUUCACUGUAGAGUUGUACCUGCUGUUUUUUCUUAUUUCUGUACAUUUAAUCCUUUAACUGACAUUUAUCUGAGAACAACACAAGUACUGGAGUUACAAGCUUUCGUAAGACAACAGUACUGUGUGUGCCUUCACAUACAUGAAUUCAGUAUACACAUAUGGUAUGAAGGAAUUGGCAGGGAUCCCAUCAUUUCACUAGAUUUACUUUUGUUUUACUUGUGGUUCAGGACCCUAAAGGUUCAUUCUAAAUUUAACUUAUUUUAUGUGAACUGAUUUUUAUUUUUGUUUGCUCCUGCUUAAAGGCACAUACAUUUUCAUAUUCAAAUUGUCACACAUCUUAUAGUAUGCAUGUCAGUACAUGCACACACUUAAAUAUAACUUUCCCCAUGAGUCUACCUUCUGCAGUGUACAGUACCAUCCAGAAUGAUCACUUAUAGUAGAUGAAAAACAUAUAUUACACACAUUUUGUCACAGGUGUUAAAGUCUUUCUUACUGGCUUAGCAAUGUAUCCCUACGGUCUGGCACUAGAUUUUCAGGAGAUAUAAAGCCUAACUGCACCAUUCCAUCACCACUUUGUUAUAUCUGACUGACCCUGCUAGAUGUACGCCUCAGACGCCAAACUGAAUGGUGAAGCUGUGUGCGCCGCUGGUUUCACUGGCCUUCAAAAUACUCUACACUACCACAAGUCAGAGGCUCUUUACUCCUCCAUUUGUGAUCCUGCGUCAAACUUGUGCUGUCUGAUGGGGCAGAAACCAUAAAACCAAACAUUCUGGUAGUCACAUUGCCUGCCAGCACCCUGACUCUGAACAAGCGUAGCUGUAAAGGAAGAGAGUGAUAGGUGAUAGCUCUGUUGGCAACUUAGGCAUAAAGUGAGGAGAACAUGAACACUAAAUUACCUCUAGCUGUGUUUUGAUUUCAAGGCUCCAACACUUCCAUGGUGCUGGGUUUGUAGACACAUUAGCACAGACUGAAUUGUUAAUACAUUCUAAACAUUUUAACAGUGAACAUGACAUACAGAAUACAUUUUAUAAUGAAACUGGGUUGUCAGUGUGACUGAUGGUGUAAGGACCACUGGGCUACAGGGCUCGAAAAGUCUUAAAAAGCCUUAGGAAGUAUAACUAGUUUAAAUUUUAAUUACAACACCUUACUAAAAUGUAAAAUAAAAGCUACAAAUAUUUUCUCUCACCUGCUGAGCAGUAAUGUUACUAAAAAAAAUGUGUCUGCUUGCAGGCUGGUGGGAAAAACUACACACAAACUAAAAUGUCGAUGGCUGUUGUAUACUGUCACUUCUGCUAUCAACAGUAUGGCCUUAGAUUUACCUUGUCUUAAAGAGCCCAUGGCUGCUCAGUUUGCUCAUUUCCAGCCAUUUAAUGCUUAAUCUUGGGUUCCUCUAGAUCAGCUUGGUACCUCUCAUGACUCCAUAUAGCCUGUAAUUGUUUCAGAACCAUAAAACCAGAGAGCCUCUUCCUAAAAAUGAUGAUAGUUCGUGAAUGUG